CAUUUAAAAUAAUAAUCCUCAUUUGCGACACCUGCCAUCAAGUUUUUAUGUCCGCAUGUGUGUGACUGGAGCUGCACAAAAGAAUUGGUAGAGCAAAUCAGGAAUGAAGAAGCUCACUAUAUCUCAUUACCUCACACUGGCCCUAAAAAAGCUGGACCCACCGACCGAUUGGGAGGACAUCCUGGAGUUCGUCCUCGCCACCUUGGACGCCACGUGUCGUCCCAAAUAUUACACCAAAGAAUUGGAGAAGGCCCUGAAUGUUGGACUGCGUUUUGGCAUAAUACGCGAAAUGAAUAAUAAAUAUUAUCUGUAUGAAUAUGCGAAAAUAAAUUCGCUUGGAGAAAUUACAUACGAGUUUACCGAAAAUCCCCUGAGUCCUUCGCAUUGCAUAAACAAGGAUGAGGAGGACAAGGAUGAUGGGGACGGGGACGGGGACGAUGAAGACUACAAGGACGGGAAUAAAAGCGACCAGAAAUUCGCAGAUCAGAAUGAUUUGAAGGCCGCGUUGGUGGAAAAGUGAACAGAAGUUCGGGUUAAUCCGUGAUAAUUUAAAUUAUAUGUAAGAUAGUAAUAUUAAAGAUAAUUUGCUGGUUUUUGAUGGACCCCCUAACAAAAUAA